AUGAAUACUGUUAUUGAAUAAAAUAAAUUAAAGAACUUAGCAACUUAUAUUAAUGAAGAGGAAAAGAAAUUUCAAAAACAUUUAGAAAAAACAGAAAAAACAAAUUAAAAAAGAAUAGAUCUUGAAGAAGAAAUUCAUAAAAUUUAGUUAGAGAUAAUAAGUACAUUAUAGUAAAUCUAUAGUUAGAGUAAAAUCAUUUAAAAGAAAAGGCAGAAUUACUUCAAAAGGAUUAUCCUUCUCUAAUAGAGAAUAAAUCACAAGAGAUUAUUAAUCUCCAAAAAGAUUUAGCUUUAGCUACAGCUUCUAAAAAAGUAAAAUUUUAAGGAAACAUAGGCAGCUUAAUAAGAAUAUGAUAUUUAGAUUAAACAUCUAUAACAAUAAAUUGCGGAGUUAAAAAGGGAAAAAUACGAUUUGAAAAAAGAGAAUUUAGGAAAAUAAGAAAAAUAAACAACUUUGCAUAUGGAUCUAUAAAAAUUUGGAAAGGUUUUAUAAAGUAGAGAAAAACCUCCUGUUGAAUAUAAAAUUUAUAGCUCUUCUGGGGGAUUUGGAUCUCUUUAUUAACCAUAAGUGCAACAAUAAUAAGAUAUGCUUUAUUUAAACAAUUGA